UAUGCGGCUUAUACUUCAUUUUCUUUGUAGCAUAACUUACAUUUAUUCAAGUGAUAUAGAUGAAAUGAAAACUUGUUUAACGCGUAGAAAAUACAUAGGUCAAAAGUAUUCUUGCUAUUGAAAAUACUUUUUAUUAAUUGAUUGCCGCAAUAAUUACCGUGACAGCACGUAACUGCGGUUUUUUUAGAAUGAAAAGUGCAAGUACUACUUGAUAAGAGUUUUUAUUCAAUAAUGUAUAACUAAAACGUUUGGAAAAUAAUAUUUCGUCUUUACAUACCCUACUACAUGUAUAUCUUCAAAAUCAAAACAAACUUUUUUACAAGCACUGGUACUAUAAUUUUCAUUUGUGCUGUAACAUUAAAAUACAGUUACCUAAAAAAGACAAAAGAAUGUGGCAAAACUAAAAUCUAGUUACGAUGGCUGGUGGUUUCUGUCGACACUGGCGUCUUUGGAUAUUGCCAGUAUUAACAUGCCUUUAUACACUUCUUAUUAUUAUUCUUGUUCCAAUUUUGAUAUCAAACUCCAUUAAGAAUGGCUUCAGAAAGCAAGAUCAAGGUGCUUUAGUUGGAGGGGCAUUUGUUCUUCUGGCCAUUCCUAUGUCUUUUUAUGAAAUCGUUCAACAUAUGAUUUAUUACACCCAACCAAGACUACAGAAAUAUAUUAUCAGGAUAUUGUGGAUGGUACCUAUUUAUGCUGUAAAUGCAUGGCUUGGCCUAGUGUACCCAGAAGUCAGUAUUUAUGUGGACAGUUUAAGAGAAUGUUAUGAAGCCUAUGUCAUUUACAAUUUUAUGAUGUAUUUAUUUGCCUAUCUCAAUGCUGACCAUCAGUUAGAACAUAGACUGGAAAUUGCGCCUCAAGUCCAUCACAUAUUUCCACUGUGUUGCCUUCCUGAUUGGGAAAUGGGUCACGAUUUCAUUCACAUGUGUAAGCACGGAAUUUUGCAAUACACUGUUGUGCGACCUAUAUCGACGCUCAUCUCUUUUAUAUGUGCAGUUAAUAAUGUAUAUAAAGAAGGUGAAUUUAGGGGAGAUGCAGCAUUUCUAUACAUUAUAGGGCUAAACAAUUUUUCGCAAUUUAUUGCCAUGUAUUGUUUAGUCAUGUUUUAUCGUGCCAAUUCCGAAGCUCUGAAACCUAUGAAACCAAUAGGAAAGUUUUUAUGCAUCAAAGCAGUUGUAUUUUUUUCAUUUUUCCAAGGAGUAGCGAUAGCUAUGCUUGUAUACUUUGGAAUCAUAUCCAGUAUAUUUGACACAGAAAAUUCGACUGAUGUUAGACACAUAUCGGCUAAGAUUCAGGAUUUCCUGAUUUGUAUAGAAAUGUUCCUAGCAGCAGUAGCACAUCAUUACUGUUUCAGUCAUAAACCAUUUGUUAAUUUGGCUCAAAACCAAGCUUGGUGGGAUGCAUUCAGACAAAUGUGGGACGUUUCGGACGUACACAACGAUAUAAAAGAACACCUAGGAGUAGUCGGCUCAUCUCUAAGCCGUCGUAUACGUGGACGUAGCGUUUAUCAACGAGCUUGGGGUAUUGUGACUGAGCGAACGUCUUUAUUACCAGAUGCCAUGGGUCCUGAUAAGAGUACGCCGGUUGCUCAAUCAGGAUAUUACGCAGCUGAAACUUCAAGUUCGAGCGAGUGCAUUGAUGUAGUGACUACUAAUGAGCCACCCGCUGGUGGUAGCAAGGAUGUUAUAGCGUAGACUUGUCUACCUCGUUUUAUAAAUUGUGAUUCGUGCGAUUUGGCUACCGAGAUUUUUGGUUGGUGGACUAUUUUAUUUAUUUUAUCUUAGUUUUUAUUCCUCUCAGCCAGUUUUAGUUAUUUUUGUAACUUAAAUGAGGAUGUCGGAGAUUUUGAAUUAAUUUGUCAUAUUGAAUAUAAUUUUAAUAGAACAUGGAAGAUGCAAAAAACUUGAAAUUAUAGAUCGAAUAUAAACACAAUAAAACGUAUAGGAUAGCAUGUAUUAAAAUAAAUGUAACCAUUGAAUGGGAUAUUUUUUAACAUAUUUAGUAUAAUACGAACAAGCUAAUUUAAGAUAAAACUAUAAAGUUUCAGGAAGAGUAUAAGCUAUUUUAUCAGAUAGGGCUACACCUGCAACAUUGAACGAUGUUCAAAACGUUAUUUAGAAAAACAUACGAUUUUAUUGUAAUCUACUAUCAUAGGAAAAGCCCUGAUUUCAAGUUCUAUGUUCAAUUAAAUCGAAAAAAAUGUGAAAAAAUAUACGAAUGUAAAGAUCUGACAUCCUUUUAACACUUAUUAUCUAUUCUAUACGUUAAUCUUGUCAUCAAUAAGCAAUAUGUGAUUUUAACCUUUGCAAACUGUAUUUCAAUUAAUCGAUGUUUAAAACUUGGUAGCUGAAGACUUUCCAAUAGCAAAGAGUCGCUUCGUGAUAUGAGAAUGAAGUCACAUUUUUUAAUGUAAAUAAAUCCUCUAUGUAAUUAUAAAAAUGUAAUACAAAAUAGAUUAAUCGAAUAAUUUGUUAAUGAAAUCGCUAUUUGACAGUUCUUUUUCCGAAUAAUAGUUUAAAAAUUUACCUAUUACCAAUGAUAUUUUACCAAAUACUUUAUAUAUGCGUAAAGCGUUUAUACGUAGGGUAUUACGUCCAUCAUUAAUGUUUAUAUGGAAUUAAUACUACGUUAACUUUUAUGACAUAUCUGAAAAGAAAGAUUUAGAAGAGUUAUUUAUUUAAUACGACAUAUAUUAACAAACAAUGUUAUAUUCUUCUCUGUUUACUGUUGAACUAUUUUCAUGCAAUUUGUUUUUAUUUCUAGUUUUUUUAUCGUCUAGUUUUAGUUGUAAGUAUUUUUCAGCAAAGACAAUGAAAUUAGAAUUAAAAUUAUUUUUUUCUAU